AUGUUUGUGAACAGUAUCAGGAAGACGGUGGCGAUGUCGUCGUCGUCGUCGAUGGUGGUACCGCUUGCGCAACUGCCAACGAGAGGGUUCCACGCCACAGGCAUAACGAGCAUAUCCAAGGCGGAGAAGAAGCUAAAGAGCAUUGAGAAGAAGAAGAAGAACAUUGCGUUCAAGAACGCGGUGGAGAGCAAAAAGGAGAAGGUGGACCCGGUUCUCGGAAAGCCGGACAACGCCUUCAUCCAGAGAUUGAAGCUGGAGAUCAGCGAGCCCAACAUCUUGAUCAAGGGCUACAACCUGGCAGACGUAGACAAGCUGCUGUUUGGUGCGAAGGAAAUCAGACUGCAGAAGAUCAAGGAGCAGGACCCGUCAAACGUGACGCUGGAGCUGACGGAGAAGGAGGAGAGGGAGAAGAGAGACGUGUUGCUCAGAAUCAUGACGUUGAGAAACGCGGACAACAACGAGAAGCAGAAGAAGUUGACGACGCUGGCGAUGCUGGAGUUCCAGCGGUUUGAGGGCGACACGGGCUCGUCCGAGGUGCAGGCGGCGGUGAUGACGAUCGAGAUCUACAACUUGAUGGACCACAUCCAGAAGAACCCACAGGACUUGCUCCACAUCCGGAAGGUGAGAAUGCUGACCCAGAAGAGACAGAAGCUCUUGCGAUACCUGAAGAGAGACGAUCCGCAGAGAUACUUCUGGACGAUCGAGAAGCUCGGGCUCACGGACGAGAACGUCCACAUGGAGUUCAACAUGGACAGAAAGUACAUGGACGAGUUUGAGAUCUGGCCGGGCAGACAGUUGGUGAAGAUCAACAAGCGGGAGAACGAGGAGAUGAAGAAGAAGAGAAGAAUGGAGAAGCAGGCCCUGAGAAGAGCGCUGCACGCAAAGACCUUGGAGAAGGCCGCUGCGGAGGCUUCUGCGGAGCCGGCCGCAUGA